AGCGGCGGCGCGCACUCGCUCACACGGUCUCUGGCCAUGGUGGUGGUGGCGGCGGCCGCGCAGAGCCCGGCCUCCGGGGCCCACAAGAUACUACUUCUGUCCGGGCAGCCCGCCGCCGCCGCUGCCGCCGGAGCCCCGGCCGGCCGGGCCCUGCCGCUCAUGGUGCCCGCCCAGAAAGGGGCCAGCCUGGAGGCGGCGAGCGGGGGGCCGCCCCAGGCACGCAAAAGACAGCGCCUCACGCAUCUGAGCCCCGAGGAGAAGGCGCUGAGGAGGAAACUGAAAAACAGAGUAGCAGCUCAGACUGCCAGAGAUCGAAAGAAAGCUCGAAUGAGUGAGCUGGAACAACAAGUGGUAGAUUUGGAAGAAGAGAAUCAAAAACUUUUGCUAGAAAAUCAGCUUUUACGAGAGAAGACUCAUGGCCUUGUAGUCGAGAACCAGGAGUUAAGACAGCGCUUGGGGAUGGAUGUCUUGAUCACUGAAGAGGAGGCAAAGGCCAAGGGGGAUGGAGUGAGGCCAGUGGCCGGGUCUGCUGAGUCCGCAGCACUCAGACUACGUGCAUCUGCAGCAGGUGCAGGCCCAGUUGUCACCCCUCCAGAACAUCUCCCCGUGGAUUCUGACAGCGUUGACUCUUCAGACUCUGAGUCUGAUAUCCAGUUGGGCAUUCUGGACAACUUGGACCCAGUCAUGUUCUUCAAAUGUCCUUCCCCAGAAUCUACCAGCCUGGAGGAGCUCCCAGAGGUCUACCCGGAAGGACCCAGUUCCAUACCAGACUCCCUUUCUCUGUCAAUGGGGACGUCAUCAACCAAGCUGGAAGCCAUUAAUGAACUAAUUCGUUUUGACCACAUAUAUACCAAGCCCCUAGUCUUAGAGAUACCCUGUGAGACAGACAGCCAAGCUGAUGUGGUAGUGAAAAUCGAGGAAGCACCUAUCAGCCCUUCAGAGAAUGAUCACCCUGAAUUCAUUGUCUCAGUGAAGGAAGAACCUAUAGAUGACUUCAUUCCAGAGCUGGGUGUCUCAGAUCUGCUUUCAUCCAGCCACUGCCUGAAGCCAUCUUCCUGCCUGCUGGAUGCUUAUAGUGACUGUGGAUAUGAGGGCUCCCCUUCUCCCUUCAGUGACAUGUCCUCUCCACUUGGUGUAAACCAUUCUUGGGAGGACACUUUCGCCAAUGAACUCUUUCCCCAGCUGAUUAGUGUCUAAGGAGUGAUCUAAUACUGUUGCCCUUUUCCUUGACUAUUUCAUGUCCUGGAGGAUAGCAGAGAAGCCUGUCUAUUCUUCCUUCAAACAGCCAAAGUAGAGUGUACAGUCCUAGUGAAUUCUUCUGAAGUAUUUGUCUGUUCAAACCUUACAGAUGACCCUGAAUACUCUUUAGACAUCCAGCAGUCUAAGGUAUUGAGGUAUAUUACUCUAAUUCAGAACUACAGCUUUGAGGUUGUACUUUUAUCUUAAGGGUGGUAGUUUGCCCUAAAAUACUUAUGUAAGGGUCAUUGGACAAGUGCUGUAAAGUAGAUGUGGAAUUUAUGAAUGGUCCUUUAUCACAUUUCUAUUCCCCUUCUCUGCAUCCCAGGCUUGCCUCCGAUAUUAGGUCCUUUAGUUUGCAUCUGCAAGCAGAGAGAACACCUACCUGAGGGGGCUCCUUUCCCCCACGUACAGUUCAAGUAAAGAUCAAGAAUCUUUUGUAAAAUUAUAGAAAUUUACUAUGUAAAUGCUCGAUGGAACCUUUUCCUGCUAGUAUAGCUUCUGGAAGGUGCUUUCUCCAUUUAUUUAAAACUAUCCUUGCAAUUAAAAAGUGCAAUGCAGUGUC